CUUUUUGCGGAUACAGACUAACACGGCUGCUACUCUGAAACCUGUAACUCUGUAGUGUACACCAGGGCUCACUUAUUACUUUGCAUGGGUUUUCUCCCCACCUUGGAAUCCUGUUGAGUUUGGAUUGUUUUAUCUAAAUUCCUAAACUGUAGAGGAUGCAUGUUCAGCCUGACAAUAGUGUGAAUGCAGCAUGGGUUAAGAGCUCUUGGCUCCCAUAUUCUAAUUGCUGCUAUGAAAUGGACUUAAACUGUAGCUGUAGGGAAAUUAAUUUGUUUCUCCUGUUGCAAAAUAAGGAUAUUUAUUAACCUCACAGUGCUGCUGAAAUUAAGCUACUGUUUGUAAAACACUUUGAAGAUCUAAAAUACUAAAUGCUGCAAAUAAAACAUAAACAUUGGACCUAUUGUAGACUCCAAAGUCCAGGAACCAGCCUACUUAAUGGACACCAGACUUCUGCAGCUCAUCCCUGGGAUGACAAGUUUCAUGGGACUUGGAUUGUCCUUCAGACAUUUGACUUAUUUUAAUUACAGCUCUUCACCAAAAGACAUGGAUGAGAAGGCAGACGAAGAGCAACCUUUGACUGCAUGUAACCAGUACCCUAAGGAGGCAGUAAGGAAACGACAAAAUUCAAGUCGAGGUUCCAGAGGCAGUGACUCUUCUAGGACGUCCAGAAAAAGCUUCAGACUGGAUUACCGAUUAGAGGAAGAUGUAACUAAAUCAAAGAGAGAUAAAGAUGGAAAGUUUGUAAACCCUUGGACAACAUGGAAAUCUCCAUCCUUGCCAAAUAUUUUGAAAUGGGCCCUCGUGGAAAAAAAUAACAGCAACAUCCCAUCUUCAAAGCAGGAACUUGAUAAAGAGCUUCCUGUGUUAAACCCUUACUUCAUUCCAAACCCUGAACUAGUUGGUAAGACUGGAACUGGCAUGCGAGUCACAUGGUUAGGACAUGCCUCAGUUAUGGUGGAAAUGGAUGGACUUGUAAUUCUUACUGACCCCAUCUUCAGCCAGCGGGCUUCCCCAGCACAGUUUGUGGGUCCAAAACGUUUCCGAGGACCUCCAUGCACAGUAGAUCAGCUGCCAAAAAUAGAUGCAGUGAUGAUCAGCCACACCCACUAUGACCAUUUGGACUAUAAUACUGUAGAGCAUUUAAACGAGCGCUUUGGCACUGAGUUGAGAUGGUUUGUGCCUCUGGGUCUUUUAGAAUGGAUGCAGAAAUGUGGCUGUGAAAAUGUGAUUGAACUGGACUGGUGGGAAGAGAACUGUGUCCCUGGUCAUGACGCAGUUACUUUUGUCUUUACUCCUUCUCAACACUGGUGCAAGAGGACUGCAACAGAUGACAACAAGAUUCUUUGGGGCAGCUGGUCUGUCUUGGGGCCCUGGAAUAGGUUUUUCUUUGCAGGGGAUACUGGUUACUGUGUUGCUUUUGAAGAGAUAGGUAAAAGAUUUGGACCUUUUGAUCUUGCAGCUAUUCCCAUUGGAGCUUAUGAGCCAAGGUGGUUUAUGAAAUACCAGCAUGUGAAUCCUGAAGAAGCUGUAAGAAUUCAUAUUGAUGUUCAGACAAAGAAGUCCGUAGCGAUUCAUUGGGGAACCUUUGCUUUAGCAAAUGAGUAUUACUUGGAUCCUCCAGUUAAACUGAACGAAGCCCUUGAAAGAUAUGGCUUGAAACCUGAGGAUUUCUUUGUCUUACACCAUGGCGAAUCACGAGACUUGAAUAUAAACGAUGAUGGAUUUGAAUAAUAAUUUAAAAUCUGGCAAUUCUUUGAGCUUUGUUUUGAUUGAUAAUUUCAUUAUAGGGUUAUGAAACUUUCUAAAAAUUUGUACUGGAUUUUUACACUCCAGGUUUGUUAAUUUUAGAGGUAAAAAUUGUAUACCUGCUUGAUCACACAAUUGUUAUAAACUGAAUGGCAUAUUGAGAGAUGAUUUAAACACUGGCUAAUGUACAAGACAUUGUCUAUAAAUGCCUUGUUUCAACUAUGUACAUCAACCAAAAAAAAUCUUUAUUUUAAUUUUUUCAUAUAUGGUUUUAUGGGGUGGAGUCUUCCAACUGUUGUGAAAGCAUGUUUAAAGUAAAAUACUGAUUUUACUAAAUGCCCGUAUGUUUGCAUUUCAGGAGAAACUAAAAAUGAGUUUAAAAAUGAGCUAAAGAAAUGUGCCUUUUUAAAGAGCUAUAUUAAGAUUUGCAUCAUUAAUGCAUAAUUAUUACUGCUGGCCAGGAUAUCUGUACUCUUUCAUUAUUUUAAAAUUACUCUAUCAUAGAUAUAUUUCUGUUGUUUUGAGAUUGGUUUUCCUUGUCAGGUACAGUACAUAAAUUCAUUUUGCUCCUAUCUGAAGUCAUGAUUCAGCCUUAUAUUUCUGUAUUUUUUAUUUUUUUCAAAUAAGCAGGGGUACUGAUGGCAUUAUCUCAAAUACAGGCGAUGGAAGACUUUUCACAGCUUCCAUAUGGUUUUACUAAGCAUGCUGUGGGAUUAAAUUUAUGCAGUAUUGUAAAACUUGGCAAAAUGCAUCUGUAUCAAACUGCCAUACUGAGUUACAAAAUAAAGUUAUUAUUGCCAGCAAAA